UGCUAUUAUCUGAAUGACUGGCCACUUUCAAUUAUGAAGUGCCUCCCCAGGUUCGGCCUGUUCUUGCGACGCAACUUCUCGUCCUCUGUCCCGCGUCAUGAGAUACGUAACGUUGGAGCUUUGUGUGAACGAUUAAUCCCGAAAUAUCAAGAAACACAGGGAGAACUACUUUGUCUCCAAUGGCCAUCUCCACCACGAAAUAUCUUGCUAGUGCGCAAGAACUGCGCGCCUGCAGCGACUGAUUCGCUGCUCGAAUUUGCCAAUCAUAUCACCUCCACCUAUCCCUCUACUGCUGUGGUCCUUGAACCCAAAACUGCCACCGAAGUCCAUUCGUCCCUCUCUUUCCCCGUCUACUCUGCAUCCCUGGACGAGAACCCGACGGCAUUCCAUAAUAAGGUGGACCUCACCGUUACUUUAGGUGGAGAUGGUACAAUUCUCCAUGCAGCCUCCCUCUUUGCGACAUGCUCCAAUGUGCCUCCAGUUCUUUCAUUCAGCAUGGGAACCCUGGGGUUUCUAUCAGAGUGGAAGUUUUCUGAAUUUAAAAGGGCUUUUCGAGAGGUCUAUAUGUCCGGCGCUGGGGCUGGGGAUCGUACCUCGGUUUUAGAAGGCGUGAAACCCCAAGACUCCCCUAUGGGACCCACUGGGUGGUCUUCCGUUCGAGGCAAGUCUAUGGGUGCCACUCGGGGAGCUCCCGUCUUGAUGCGCAACCGUCUCAAAGUUGGACUGUUUACAGCUGACGGGCAAGAGGUUACUCCAGUCCGAGCUAAAAGUGACCAGGGUCAAGGUGUAUAUGUAAUGAACGAACUUCUUAUCCACCGCGGGAAGGCACCACAUCUGGCUAUAGUGAAUGUUUUUGUCGGCGGUCGAUUCUUGACUGAGGCUGUGGUUGAUGGAAUUAUCAUAUCAACGCCGACUGGCAGUACAGCAUACAGUCUCAGCAGCGGUGGCAGUAUUGUUCAUCCGCUCGUACCAUCGAUCUUGCUCACACCUAUAUGCGCUCGAAGCCUGAGUUUUCGCCCACUGGUGCUACCAUUGAGUACACCCAUCACCUUGAGAUUGAGCGACAAGAACCGUGGGCGGGACUUGGAAGUUAGUCUGGACGGAGUCAAUCUUGGCCAAGGGAUGUCAGUUGGCAUGGAAGUCCGAGUCUGGAAUGAGGAGAUGCGCCAUGGUAAGAAUGAGUGGCAGGGCGGUGUUCCCAGUAUAAUGAGGAGAAGUAUGGGGGACGAAGCACACGAGGGAUGGGUCGGUGGAUUGAACGGGCUAUUGAAGUUCAACUAUCCUUUUGGAGAAUGA